CUCCACAUCUGUCGUACCAAGCGUUGCCGUAAACGAAGUACAAAUAGACGGGACCAUGUUCGCAUCUUGUUUCAAGCCCAACGUAGCAUCUGCUUUAGGUCCCAAGUCCAACGUCGUCUUCUCCCGCUGCGCUCAGAUUUCGUCGAAGAGCAGUAUUCAGAUGGCUCGGUCUGCACUUGAUGAGAUGGCCGAUUCUGGUGCUUUUCUCAGAACGGCUUCCACAUUUCGUAAUUUUAUUUCGAGGGAUCCUAGUUCACAGUUUCCAGCAGAAUCUGGACGGUAUCAUCUUUAUAUAUCAUAUGCCUGUCCGUGGGCUUCCCGAUGUCUUGCGUACUUGAAGAUCAAAGGACUCGACAAGGACAUCAGUUUCACGUCAGUCAAACCUCGGUGGGAGAGAACAAAGGAAAGUGAUGAGCAUAUGGGAUGGGUUUUUCCUUCUUCAGAUACUGAGGAACCUGGAGCUGAACCAGAUCCUCUUAAUGGCGCAAAAAGUAUAAGAGAGCUUUACGAGUUAGCUAGUACCAAUUACUUGGGGAAGUUUACAGUCCCUGUUCUGUGGGAUAAGAAACUCAAAACAAUUGUAAGCAAUGAAAGCUCUGAGAUCAUUCGCAUGUUCAACACCGAGUUCAAUCACAUAGCAGAGAAUGCUGCUUUGGACCUAUAUCCUCCUCACUUGCAAACUCGUAUUGAUGAAACCAACGAAUGGAUAUAUGAUGCCAUCAAUAAUGGUGUCUACAAGUGUGGCUUUGCCAGGAAGCAGGGGCCUUAUGAUGAGGCUGUGAAGAAAUUGUUUGAUGCUCUGGACAAGUGUGAAGAAAUACUUGGCAAGCAAAGAUAUAUAUGUGGCAACACACUCUCUGAAACGGACGUUCGGUUGUUUGUCACCCUGAUAAGAUUUGAUGAGGUUUAUGUGGUUCAUUUCAAGUGCAACAAAAAACUGCUUCAUGAAUACCCGAAUCUGUUCAAUUACACCAAGGACAUUUUCCAAGUGCCCGGCAUGAGUAGCACUGUCAAUAUGGAGCACAUCAAGCAACAUUAUUACGGAAGCCAUCCGACUAUCAAUCCGUUCGGUAUCAUCCCUUUUGGCCCCAACAUCAACUACUCUUCCCCUCACGACAGAGAGAGAUUUUUCUAAUCAAUGUUUACCUCCUGUAUAGACCAUUAAGAUGUUGUGAUGUUAUUUGCAGUCUUACAGUGUCUUGAACACAAUCUAAUAAUGGGUCGGGGACGACCCGAGGCUUCAUAAGGUUUCGACAUAUGCGGUCCAAGCCUGUGCUGGAAUGCUCCGCGAUUUCCAUGCUUGUAUCAUGUACCUUAAGCUUGUUGUGUUUAUGUAUGUUGUGGUAUAGUACCAUGGUAAUGGUGCAGAAUUGGUGGAUUUUGUCAUAGUGGUAUCUUGAAUUAUAAUGUUGGUCAUAUUAGCUCCAUCUUGAUUCUUGAAUAAACAUUGGUUAUGCAUGAA